UGUGAGCCCAGACAAACCCUAACUCCCAACGAGGUGAAAUCGGAAUCAAUCGAGCCAAACCAAAUCUCAGAUUCGCAAAUUAUCAGCGAAGCAUGGCUGUAAUGUCGAGGCACAUCGGAGGGCCGCCGCCGGCCGCCGUGGCUGAAACGGGCAACCGCCCGGCGGAGUCGCCCCAGCACGAUACCGUCGGCAAGAAAGCUGACGGCGGCGAGGUCGACAACUUGUCCCCCGUGGAGGACAUCCAGGAAGAGAUCGACGGAUUAGAAUCGUCGACGGUCGAAAUGGAACAAGGCUCCGCUCAGAAAUCGCUCUCUAUCGAGGUGGACCAGGCUGCCGCAGGUACGGACAAGGAGGAGACCACCGCAGAGGUGGCCGAAGCCGCCGCCGCCGGAGUCGGCUCUCGUAGCAAGAACUUCGACCCGCUGGAGGGAAUGAUUGCGGAUAAGUCUGAGUGCAGCGGAGAGGAACUGCCCGGCGCCGCCACGGAAGCUACAGCCAGCAGAGCGCGCGGGCAGGGAUUGACUCUGGCUGACAAGACUGCCUGCGGCACUUCGGCGGGAUCAGCGAGCGACGCCAAGCGCAUCGAAGCGCCGGCCAAGCUCGAGGCGAAUCCUCUCAUCACCCUAGUAAUUGCCGAAACGGGUUCCGAAAGCACUGAAUCACUGAAAGGGGUUGACAAUGCAGAGUUCUUCAUACAAAUCGACACAGACUCUCACGGCAUGGGGCUGGCAGACAUGGUGGAAACAGAGAAUGGAGCUUCUUUGUCCACCAAGUCUCAGCCGAGGGUUGAACAGCCGCCCCUGCCUGUCCCUAUAGUCUCGCACCACCGUGGCACUGCCCAGGAGCUGAUGAAAGUUACCAGUAGAGUGGAUGCAGAACGUAAGUUGAAAGAGAUCGAACUGUCGAACAUUCAGAAGCACACAAGUGACCGUGACAUUGGCAGAGGUCGUCAGGACACAGGCACCAGCAACAGAACUCAUUUCUCACACAGCUCUUCUGGGGAGUGCUCAGCUCAACUUCUGGAUCAUUUAGGGACAUAAUUGAUGAAGAGGAGAGGGAAGAGAUUGAGCCCCAUGAGUUACAAAUUCAGACGAGUGAAAUAAGUGAGGAGUUUUCCCGUCUGGGUAAUGAGGUGGUGGCUGUAUUGGAGAACAUCAAGCAAAA